GCGCAGCGUCGGCGUCGCCUGGAAGGGGAAGCCGGGCCUCGCGAAGGCCUAAGGCCGGGCCUGGCCUCGCGCUGAGGCGGCGUCGGCGGGCAAGAUGGCGGAGUCCGGAGGGGCCGAAGCUUUCGCCUCCGCCGAGCGGCCGCCCACGCCCAGCAUCGCCGGGGGAGGCGGAGGGAGCGGCGGCGGCGGCGGCGGAAGCAGCAGCAUGGCAGACAAGAGCAGCACUUUGAAAUGCACUUUCUCCGCCCCGGGCCACAGCGCGACACUCCUGCAUGGCUUGGCCUCGCUCCGGGCACAGGCCCAGCUGCUUGAUGUCAUCCUCACCAUCAACAACGAGGUGUUCCAGGUCCACAAAGUUGUCCUGGCUGCCUGCAGUGACUACUUCAGGGCCAUGUUCACUGGCGGAAUGCGGGAAGCCAACCAGGAUGUGAUUGAGCUGAAAGGCGUCUCUGCGAAGGGCUUGAAGCACAUCAUCGAGUUUGCCUACAGCGCCGAGGUGACGCUGGACCUGGACUGCAUCCAGGACGUCCUUGGGGCAGCCGUCUUCCUGCAGAUGGUGCCGGUGGUGGAGCUGUGCGAGGAGUUCCUCAAGUCUGCCAUGAGCGUCAAGACCUGCCUCAACAUCGGGCAGAUGGCCACCACCUUCAGUCUUGCCUCCUUGAAGGAGUCGGUGGACGCCUUCACCUUCCGCCACUUCCUCCAGAUUUCCGAGGAGGAGGACUUCCUCCACCUGCCCCUCGAGCGCCUCGUCUUCUUCCUCCAGAGUAACAAGCUCAAGAGUUGUAGCGAGAUCGACCUCUUCCGGGCCGCCAUCCGCUGGCUGCAGUACGACCCAGCACGCCGUGGCAAUGCCAGCCAGGUCCUCUGCCACAUCCGCUUCCCGCUUAUGAAGUCCUCCGAGCUGGUGGACCACGUCCAGACUUUGGACAUCAUGGUGGAAGACGUCCUGUGCCGGCAGUACCUCCUGGAGGCUUUCAAUUACCAGAUCCUGCCCUUCCGGCAGCACGAGAUGCAAUCGCCCCGCACUGCCAUCCGCUCGGACGUGCUCUCCCUCAUCACCUUUGGCGGCACGCCCUACACGGACAAUGACCGCACUGUGAGCAGCAAGGUCUACUACCUGCCGGAUGGCAGUGCCCGGCAGUUUAAGGAGCUGACGGAGAUGGAGGUGGGCAGCAGCCACACCUGCGUGGCGCUGCUGGACAACUUUGUCUACGUGGUUGGCGGGCAGCACCUGCAGUACCGCAGCGGCGAGGGGGCGGUCGACGCCUGCUACCGCUACGACCCGCACCUGAACCAGUGGCUGCGCAUCCAGGCCAUGCAGGAGAGCCGGAUCCAGUUCCAGCUGAAUGUCCUGCAUGGCAUGGUCUACGCCACAGGGGGAAGGAACCGCUCUGGCAGCUUGGCCUCGGUGGAGAGGUACUGCCCGCGGACCAACGAGUGGAGCUACGUGUGCUCGCUCAAGCGCAGGACGUGGGGACACGCCGGGGCCGCGGUGGGGGGCAGGCUGUACAUAUCGGGUGGCUACGGGAUCUCGGUCGAGGACAAGAAGGCCCUGCACUGCUAUGACCCGGCCAUGGACCAGUGGGAGUUCAAGGCCCCCAUGAACGAGCCACGAGUCCUGCACGCGAUGGUCAGCGCCAACAGCAGGAUCUACUCGCUCGGAGGCCGCAUGGACCAUGUCGACCGCUGCUUUGACGUCCUGGCGGUGGAGUACUACGUCCCCGAAGCCAACCAGUGGACAACGGUCAGCCCCAUGCGGGCGGGGCAGUCCGAGGCGGGCUGCUGCCUGCUGGAGAAGAAGAUCUACAUCGUCGGGGGUUACAACUGGCACCUGAACAACGUAACCAGCAUCAUACAGGUGUACAACACAGAGACGGAUGAGUGGGAGAGGGACCUUCACUUCCCAGAGUCUUUCGCUGGCAUUGCCUGCGUGCCGGUCAUCCUGCCACAGACCACAGCUCGGAGGUGACCACCCUGAGACCUCUGCCCAGUCUCCCGAGGCAUCGCAUGCCAUCAAAGAUGUACAUUCUGGCCUGCCCCAUUUUGGAAAAUAAAAUGUUCUGUGUCCACGGCAGGCGAGCAAGGUCUUCCACCCUACCCUCUUGUGCUCCGUAACUUUUCGGCAAUUUGUGUUCCGUCCCUGCUGGUUUGGAGGAGGUUAUAAGGAAGACUGAGUUAGGAUUGUGGUGGGGUUUGUGUGAGAAGGGAUGGGUGGUGUUCCUCAUUAGCUCCUACCCCCACCUUGCAGUAUUUUUUUAUUUUAAAAAGAAGCUCCUUUUUCCUCCCCUCCACCCCCCAAAAUUAUGAACUGCAGAGUUUUUACUGCACACCAAAGCAUUGGUGCAUGUGAGUUUGUUUGGUCUGGACAGUUUGAAAAAACAAACAAAAACUAAGGAUGGCCUGAACUUCCGAAAAAGCAAUGAAGGAGAAUGAGGCAGCUGCCUGGGGUGGGGUGGGGUAACUCAGAAGAGGAGAUGAAAAUGUGUGAUCUCAUCCUAGCAGGUGCGCCUGUCCCCCCCCCCCCCCCGAAAAGCACAUUUUAAACACAAGUACAUUGCACACUAGUUUGGGUUGUCUUCUUUCUCUCUCUCAAAAACCGGAGAGUUCCCAAACCGUGUUCUAUGGGCCACCAGCGGCCCACAAGGUUCAUCCCAGUGGUCCGUUGUGCGUCCCUGAAGGAACGGCAGGAGAAGCUGCUGCUCUGUCGCCUUAAGUGACCUGAGAGGAGUGGGGAGGAUUAGCAGCAAAAUGGAACAGGAAGCUAGAAUUGGGAUAUUCAAAACAACAUGUAAGGAAUAAAGCAAUUCAAAUGCAAUUAGCAAUUGUACAGCGCCUAGCACAGCACGGUAAUGGGCAGAAAAGGAAAUUGAGCUUAAGUUGGUGCUGCCACCCUGCUUCCCCAUGUUGUUCUCGCAUGACAGCAAUGCUUUCCCAGAUUUCCCAGUUUUAAGCUGCUUGGUGCUGCCUUUCCCAAGUCAGCUGGCUGCCCCCCCCCCUUGCAACACACCUUAACUCUGUUGCUGCAGAAGUAACACUGGUCUCGGCCAGAGAUGGGCCAAGGAGGUGCUUUCUGGGUUGGACUGAUUCCGAAUAAGUGUUGUAGAUUAUUAUUAUUAUUUAUUAAAUUUGUAUGCUUCCUUCUGCUGGAAGAUCUCCAGGCAGUUCACAAUGUAAAAUUACAAUAUAAAAAACACAAAAUACUUAAUAAAAAUAACAACAAUAACAAUCUAAUUAUCCCCCCUCCCACAACACAUUUAAAAGGGAAGGCAUUGUCAAUCAGCCAAAGACCUGGUUUAAGAGGAACGUUUUUGCCUGGUGCCUAAAGCUAUAUAAUGAAGGUGCCAAGUGAGCCUCCCUGGGGAGAGUGUUCCACAAACAGGGAGCCACUGUAGACAAGACCCUGUUCUGCCAGGUCUUGCACCACCACACAGUGCCCCUGGGCAACUGCCAGCUCCUGGCAAAGUCCACCCCGCACCCUAGGGCCGACCUCCCCUUUAAUUUUUAAACUGGCCUUGAACCUGCCAUUUAAAAUUUCCCUCAAUGCCUAUAGUGCACUGCUGCUCUGUGGUAUCAUGGGAACAUUUUCGCCUGGUGGCAAGCUUGCUGCUCAGAAGACGGGAAACAUUUUUGUGCUUUGCACAUUGGUUGUAGAAAAACAGAAUUGUAGAGUUGGGCGGGGUCCUGUGGGUCAUCUAGUCCAACCCCCUGCAAUGGAGAAGUAUCCACUAAAGCAUCCCUGGUUCAAUGCCAAUGGCAACUCCAGGUAGGGCUGGGGGAAACUCCCUGCCUCAAAGCGUGGACAGCUGUUGCUGCUGGUCAGAGUAGACAAUACCAACCUAAUUGGACCAAACGUCCUACUCUGUACUUAGAUUGCUAUUUCUCUAGAGUGGUCCUGCUGCAUAGUGGAGCUGGCCAGAGGUUGCCUUAUCCCUGAAGCCAGCCAUGAUUAUAUUUCACGGAGUGGAGUUAGCACAGCUCCUCUGUAGUUGCUUCCUGAGCUAUAGCAGCCCCUGUGCUGUAGUGUUGCUGCUGGCUGCAGCUGAGACUGUUUAUGCAUUUUAACCGCACAGGCCUGAGCCACGGCUUAUAGGAUGGAACAAGCUGUAAACCCACAAAACAAAGCGAGCCGUUUGGAACAGGCGAGAAUGCAUCCCUGACCGUUCAUGCCUUUUGCUAGUCAGCUUUUUCACUUCUGUUUAACAGUUCGUGGACUCCUGGAGCAUUUCCCGUCCUUCCCUGCCAAGAUGCGAAAUUAAAGCAGACUUUUCUAAGCA